GCGGCGGCAAUUCCCUCUCUCUCUCAUUUCUUGUAUAAUUCAAGUUCUCCACCAAAUGGAUACUGGGGGUAACUCUUUACCAUCUGGAGCAGACGGAACGAAAAGAAAAGUGUGCUACUUCUACGACCCUGAGGUUGGAAAUUACUAUUACGGCCAGGGUCAUCCGAUGAAGCCCCAUAGAAUGCGGAUGACUCAUGCUCUUCUUUCACAAUACGGGUUGCUGCAAAACAUGCAUGUUUUGAAGCCCAACCCUGCUCGAGAGAAGGAUCUUUGCAGGUUUCACGCAGACGAUUAUGUGUCUUUCUUGAGAAGAAUCACCCCGGAGACGCAACAAGAUCAGAUGAGGCAGCUGAAGAGGUUCAAUGUUGGAGAAGACUGCCCUGUUUUUGACGGCCUUUAUAAUUUCUGUCAGACCUACGCUGGAGGAUCCAUCGGUGGGGCCGUGAAGUUAAAUCACGGACAUUGUGACAUUGCCAUAAAUUGGGCCGGUGGGUUGCACCAUGCCAAGAAAUGCGAGGCUUCUGGCUUCUGCUACGUCAACGAUAUAGUGCUUGCCAUUUUGGAACUCCUUAAAACUCACGAGCGUGUUUUAUACGUGGACAUCGACAUCCAUCAUGGUGAUGGAGUUGAAGAGGCAUUUUAUAUAACUGACAGAGUCAUGACUGUUUCCUUUCAUAAAUUUGGAGAUUAUUUUCCUGGCACUGGGGACAUACGAGAUUUUGGAUUCGGAAAGGGGAAAUAUUACGCACUUAAUGUUCCGUUGGAUGAUGGGAUCGAUGAUGAAAGCUACCAAUCCUUAUUUAAGCCAAUUAUUAGUAAGGUAAUGGAAGUUUUCAGGCCUGGGGCAGUGGUCUUACAAUGUGGGGCCGAUUCUCUAUCCGGGGAUAGGUUAGGCUGCUUCAAUCUCUCGGUUAAAGGUCAUGCAGAGUGCGUAAGAUUUAUGAGAUCUUUCAACGUGCCCCUUCUUUUACUCGGUGGAGGUGGCUACACGAUACGCAAUGUUGCUCGUUGUUGGUGUUAUGAGACUGGAGUGGCGCUUGGGGUGGAGGUUGAUGAUCAGAUGCCACGGCAUGAAUACAUAGAGUACUAUGGCCCAGACUACAAUCUCCAUGUUGCUCCGAGUAACACGGAAAACAAAAACUGUCGAGACAUGCUCGAAGAAAUAAGAGCAGAGCUUCUUAUGAAUCUGUCAAGACUUCAGCAUGCUCCAAGUGUCCAGUUUCAGGAGCGACCACCCAAUACAGAACUACCUGAGGUUGACGAAGAUGAAGAGGAUAAAGAUGAAAGACAACAUCCUGAUUCUAACACGAACAUUGACUAUAGACGCAAUCAUGCGCCUAGCAGGGUGAAGGUGGAAUACGUUGAAUCUGUGGCAAAUGAUAAGAACGAUGAGGGUGUGGAUCAACUCGCUCGUAAGAUACAAUCAACACUUGAGCCUACGAGCUCAAAGGGCUCAAUGGCAGCUGCAGAAGAAGAUGCCAUGCAACGUGAUGAGCUCGAGAAGGAGAACUCGAGAACCCUAAUUAAUGAGCCUACCAAGAUAGAUCAACAUUGAUCAUCACCGGCCUCGAAGAAUAACCUUGGGUGGUCUAACGAAAUAUGCGUGCAGUUCUUGGCUUAGUAUGUGAGCAAAUAUUGAUAGUCAGGGAGGAUUGGACCUUGCUUCGAUUCGAAAAGAAAAUUGCUUGGUCGGGACUUAAGCCCCUCCGUGAUUGGUUAAUGGGGUCAUCGAAGACUUCAACCCUCCUUCAUAUUAUGAAAAGGAGCCGUUUGUGAUUCAUGCCAACUUUUUUUUUUUUUUUUAUGGUUUGUUAUUUCAAUUAUUCUUUAUACUUGAUUUGUAAGUUUUAAGAGAACAUUAGUAACUAUGGA